AUGACCAGUGACAAAUACGCAGCAAUGUUAUUCCCUUUGGUUGAAUCGUGCAUUCCUGAAGAGAUUUUAAGAGUUUGGUUAAGGAGUUAUUCAACAACAAAGGUUCAAGAAAAUACGUAUUGUGAAAAAUUGAAGCAACUGCUAUUGUUUCUGAGAAACGAAGGAGAAGGAGAACAACGAAUUUCUUUAGUGAGAACUGGAUUCAAAUUUAUUGCUGCUGGUACUAAGAAAGAAAAGAAGACUGAAACUGAUAUAUUUAUACCAACAGCAAUUGAGUUAUUUUCUGGAAGUAAAAGCUCGAGGACUGUGGUAGAUAAAAGGUGUGUAUUUUGCGACAAAAACCAAGAGAGUAAAGAUUGUUUUACGGCAGCCAAAUUGGCUUACCAUCAGAAGCAAGAACUAAUUAAGAAUAAAAAAGCUUGCUUUAUAUGUCUUAAGUUUGGACAUAAAGCAAAAUAUUGCAAAUCAAGUGUUAAAUGUCUAAUUUGUGCUAAGAGACAUUGGUCGAUCAUGUGUGCAGAAUUAUCGCCAAACAAGCACGAAGUAAAAGAUGAAAAAGUAAUUGAUUCGAGUGAAUGCCAAAAUGUAAUACUUGCGAAUUCUUGCUGUUCUGGAGAGAUAUUCCUUCAAACUUUAAUGGUAAAUAUUGAGAGUAAAGAAGGAAAGCGUGCUAUAAGAGCAUUAAUUGACACGGGCUCUCAACGCUCAUAUAUUCUGAAGAGCACUGUUGAGGAACUGAAAUUUCGCCAAAUUGAUACUCAAACAUUGAUUCAUAGCUUAUUUGGAGGUUUUGUUCCACGACUUCAUGAUGGACCUUGGAUGCAGGAAAUGGUACUGAAGGGCAUCUCACUUAGUGAUAUUGGGAAUCAUCGACAGCCUAUUGAGUUAUUAAUUGGAGCCGAUGAAGCAGGAAAACUUUACAAUGGGAAAGUGUGCAAUUUGGCGUGUGGUUUAACUGCAGUAGAGACUUAUUUAGGAUGGGUCAUUAUGGGGAAAAUGAAACCCUCAGUAAUUGACGCCAAUCUUUCGAAUGUUUUGAUUUCUCUAUUAACUCAGACCACUGACAUAGAAAACCUUUGGAAGCUUGAAGCAAUAGGUAUAACAGAUGCAUGUGAAAUAAAAGAUCAAAGGGAAAUAGAGGACACAGUCCAAGUGCACUUCGAAAGAACAGUUAAAUUGAAUUCUGAAGGACGGUAUGAAAUUUAUUUGCCAUGGAUCAAAGAAGCCAACAUCUUGCCCGACAAUAGAAAAGUAGCCGAAAAAAGAUUACUAUCAACUACAACAAAACUUAAUGAAGCUAAUAAAUUUUUCGACUACAAUGCAAUUUUUGAAAAUUGGUGUAAGGAAGGUGUUAUAGAAGAAGUCCCUGAACAACUUAAAGGCAACAGUGCACAUUACCUUCCUCACCGAGCAGUUUUUAAAAACAGCUUGACAACUCCGGUGAGACCCGUUUUUGAUGCAUCUGCCAAACAGAAAGGAUCCUUUUCAUUAAAUGAUUGCUUAGCCAAGGGGCCAAAUUUGCUGGAACUGAUACCCGUGAUAAUUCUAAAAUUUAGAGAAAACAGCAUUGGGGUAAUUUCCGAUAUAAAAGGUGCCUUUCUUCAAAUUUCAGUAAAUGAUAAAGAUCGUGACUACUUACGUUUUUUGUGGUGGAAGGAUGAUAAUAAAACAGAAAUAAAACUUUUCAGACAUUGUCGUGUAGUGUUCGGGGUAAACUGCAGUCCGUUUCUGCUUGGAGCAGUUAUCAAAUUUCAUUUGAGACAGUUUGACUCUGAAAUUGCCGAGAAGUUAUUAUAUUCUUUUUAUGUGGAUAAUUGUGUCACUUCUGCGGAUACUGAAGAGGAAUUGCGGAACUUCAUCAAUAAAUCGACCGAAAUAAUGGGCAAAGGAAAAUUUGACUUAAGAUGCUGGGAGCAUACGAAAAUACAUAAUGAUGAAGAUGAAGAAAAAGAGGAAGUAACUAAAGUACUUGGAUUACUGUGGAACAAACGAGAAGAUUCCUUGUUUUGUGAUGUACCAAAAAUGAAGAUGAAAGAUAUGCCAAUCACACGGCGUACAGUGUUAUCUGUGGCUCAAAGAAUGUUUGAUCCAAUUGGAUUUAGUUGUCCAGUCACAUUGAUACCAAAAUUGAUUCUGCAAAAAAGUUGGCAAGAAAAACUAAGUUGGGAUACCAGAUUAACAGAAGAUUUGAAAAAGGAAUUCUUAGUGAAGUCAAGAGUUUCUCCACUGCGAAAAAUUACGAUUCCAAGACUUGAAUUAUUAGCUUGUUAUAUUGGCGCUAAGUUAUCUGAAUUCGUCACGAAAAGUUUAACUCUGGAAAUAAAUGAAACAUAUUAUUGGACGGAUUCAACAACUGCCUUGUUCUGGAUUAAGAAGAAUGACCUACCCUGGGGAACAUUCGUUUGUAACAGAGUGAAGAAAAUACGUGAAUGUAGUGAUCCCAAGGAUUGGAGACAUGUUCCUGGUAUUAGUAAUCCUGCUGACUUGCCAUCUAGGGGAUGCACUGUUUCAAAGCUUCUGGAAACUAAAUGGUGGGAGGGCCCACUUUGGUUGUCCAAGUCUAAAGAAGAGUGGCCUAAUUCAACCCCAAUAGAAAAUGAAGAGGAAAUAUACUUAGAGCAGAGAAAAACCGUUGUGGCAACUCUUACCUGCGAGAACACUGAAAAUUCAUGGAUGCUAGCAUAUUUUUCGAGUUACUUAAAAAUUUUAAGAAUGACGGCAUGGAUUCUAAGAUUCCUCAAAAAUGCUCAGAAAACAAGAACUGAACGAGAGAUUGGCGAGCUGAAAUUGUACGAAUUGAAUGAGGCUGAAAAGAUAUUACUGAAGCAGAUUCAGCAAAAGUCAUUUAAUGACGAAGAUAUCGCCAGGUUAAAAUCUUUAUGCGUCUUUAAAGACGAAGAAGGUAUCUUAAGAGCUAUUAUCGGCUCCCUCUUUCAACUUGGAGCACCUCCCAUCGAAAUUCUCCAUAGCCAUCAGGCUCCAGAACUUGCAAACCUUGUUAUCAAGACUUUUGGAGGACUCUAA